UUUCUCAGAGUGUCACGUUUUCCGGGCGACAAAUUGUGUUCUUCGGAUCCGAGGCUUUUGAACCGCGAAACUUCGUUUUAACUUUUUCUAGGCUUGUGUGAUCUUCCAGAUAGCAUUGAGACAACAAAAUGUAAGAUAAACCGGAAUAAUGGCAACUUUACCCCAAUGGAAGCGACUACCGUCGCUACACCCCAACAUUUUCGAUCCCAGAUGGGGAUUGGAAUACGACUUUUCCCCAGGAUCCACCUCCAAGUCAAUAACCAAAGCAAACGGCACCAAAUGGCCAACGGUUCAAAGGCAAAUGGUUGUACCGAAACAGAGUAUAGAGGACAAAGUCACAUCGAAUGUCCUGAAGCCAUAUCUUCUGGCUGCCGCAGCAGCCACGGGGCUUUUACUUGCUUUGGUGGUUUUGGUCUAUGUGAUGACCAGAAGAAGAAGAAAGAAGAAAACCGAUGAGGAACAAUCUUCGCAAAGUAUCUUGGUGUUUCCUUCCACUAAUGGAGAUAGUCAGCCCCAGUUCGUCACCAAAGAGAUUCACUUUAGCCUGCCUCCACUACGCAGCAACUCAUUGGGAGAUCUAGAGUGUCAACAGGAUAAUCCUUACGACUCAGAUGUGGAUUCUGAUGCUUUAUUAGUUCCAGGACAGCCUCAUAGUCAUCGAAGUAACUCUUUCAGCUGCUAUGGAUUGGGCGUCAUCGAGCCUGCUUUAUACAAAAGCACUUUGGACUUGGAUGAAAUGUCUUGGCCAGAAGGACACAUUGGUAGAAUUUGGUUUUCUCUCAGAUACGAGCCAUCGACUGAGAAGCUUCUGGUGUCUUUGCUGAAAGCCAAGAAUUUGCCGUCACGCAACAUGGGUACUGUUAAUAACUGCGACCCUUUCGUAAGGCUUCAUUUGAUGCCAGACGAAAGGCGAUAUUUGCAAUCGAAACAAAAGAAAAAGACCUGCAACCCCUAUUUCGAUGAAACUCUGGUUUUCCAGGUUUCCCAGAAAGAUAUGGUUGAUCAUAUCCUGAAGCUGAUUGUAAUCGAUGGGGGAAGGGCAAAGCGUUUUGCAGAAAUCGGCCAUGUAACUUAUCCGUUGAAGGAGCUGGAAAUUGGAGAUGGUUGCGAACAGCAACUGUUUAAAAUGGACUUAGUGAAGGAAUCUUAUGAAAUGAGCUCCGACUURGGAGAACUGUUGGUUUCGCUACUCUACAAUGAAAACCUUAGCCGACUCACAGCUACUGUAAUUGAAGCAAGAAGAUUGAAGUUUCAAGGUGAUAAGCAUGAAGCCUACGUUCGCCUCACUCUGCAUCAGCAUUAUAGAGCAGUGAAGGAAAAACGCACCAACAUAGCGAAACCUUCACGUGAAGGCAACGUUUGCUUUGCUGAAGGUUUCAACUUUAAGAUGGCCAGUGCUCAGGCUGAUGUCAGCAGUCUGGCUUUCCAUGUGUUUCAACACACCUCCGGAUAUGGUAAGGAUAAGCUGAUCGGAAAAGUUGUACUGGGAUCAUACAUGUUUACCAGAGGAAAAGCCCUCAACCAAUGGAACACGGCUAUUGCACGUCCUAUGGAACAUAGUCAAUGCUGGCAUACUCUAUCAGAAUAAAUUAUUUAAAACAUAUACUAAUUUCAUGCUCCAUCUAUUAUUAAGGCAUGCAUUUAGGUCAAGUUUUGGUUGAAACUUUCAUAGAAUAAUUAAAUGAAUGCAAAUUUAGAUAUCUAAGUAUUGACGUCAAUUUUCAAAAGAUAAUUGUAUUUGAGGCAACAGAGUGAAGCUUGAGGUUGCAUCAAUCGAUCUCUUUCUUUAAAAAUUAAAUGAACUGGCUGGAAGUACAAAGUAAUUUCUAGGCAUAGGUAAAAUAAUUACCGACUUUAAAUCUAUGAUUUUGCUUUCAAGUCUUUAAUUGCUAUAAGAAUUCAUAAUUGUCUUCGUUUGAAUAGCAGACAACUCUAAUGAUCUUGAAAGUUUAAUUUGACUUUAGUCACUGAUAACUAGUGCUUUGUAUCUUAAACGGAUAGUUUGAAACAAGUAAAAAAUUUAAGGAGUUCAAACCUGACAUGCCUUGCCUUGAAAACACUUUUUCCGUCUUAACUCUUUUUUUUUACUUUAUUAAAUUAAUUUUUCAAUUUUUUCUGGCAGCUAAAUUGCAGAUUGAAAAUGGAAAAGUUCGCUAUCAAAUUAUUAAUUAAUAUUUGCGAGUUAAAAGCUAAAGGAAUUGUGGUCAAUGUAUGUUGGAUGUUGGGUUAUUUUUAUAGGGCACAUGUUUUCACAUCAAUUAUUUGGCGAGUUUUCUGUUGAUUUCAAUGCAUGAAAUUUAUGAAAAAUUUACUGUUUUAUCAAGUUUUUCACAGUUUAUUAAUUGAAAUUUCAAAUGAAAAAAUCAGUUUUUUGCUCUCGAGCCUUUAGACUUAAUAAAAGAUUUAUAAAAGCAACAAGGAAAAAAAUUGAUAUCUGCUAAAUUAAUCGAAGGCGGUACAUUAAUAGUUUUGAAUCAAUUAUUUAAAAACGGUGCAAAAAUAAAGAUCUAUCUAUUACCUCAAAAAGGUAAACAUCCGUUUAGUUGCGUUAGAGGAUUCCCCCUAUUUUAAGUCUUAUUUUCAUGCAUAAUCACUAAUGUUUCAAUUUAAUAAUUUGAAGCAAAAAGUACAAAUAUCAACUAUAAUUGAAAACCAUUAGAAUUGUGGAAAUUUUGAAAGGUCAAAAAACCAAAAAUAUGUGCAAAGCUUACUAUGUAUGUUAAAUUUAAUUAUAGAUUAAUGUACUUCAGUCCUAGUCUUAAGAGAACUACUUUAUGUGCAGGGUAUCUUGAAAUAUGGGUGUAUUUUUUUGUUCAGUCAAUUUUUCAUAUUUUACAAUUUAAAAAAUUUAUUAGGAAAUCAGUUCGAUCUAGAUAAGUAUUGUCUUGCAAAAUGUUUGAACUGCCUGUAUUAAACAUUUAAAGUUGGCGACUAAAACCUUAAAUGUUAAUUUUGCAAAUGUAUAAAACACAUUUUUCAUUUUGUUUUGAUUAUUUAUUUCUUGGGUUUAAGUGUGUAAUAUCGGCCCAGAAAUAUAUAUUAUAACUAUUUAUUAAUAAAUGCAAAUUUUAUGUAAAAAUAUAUGCUGUAGUUGUACCAAAAUAAAAUAAAUAUUUCUAUCAAU